CGCCCAAACCUCGACAGGCUCUCCUUCCAGCAACUGCUACCGGCAGCAUUGUUUCGUCUGCAGUCGUUUUUGCCAGACCGCUGCACCGCAGUUGAUUUUGCCGGUGCACCCGCUAGGUGGCUCGGCUCGCUACUACCGCCUCCCUCACCCGAGCAAGGAGGUCACCUCAGCAGCCGCGGAGCGAGAGGUCAUUAGCGAGGCGGACUGAUGGCCGACGAAUACUCUGAGGGGUAUGGGGCAGGAGGAGGCGAGGGGUAUGGGGCAGGAGGAGGUGGGUAUGGGGCAGAGGAAGGAGGGGGGUAUGGGGCAGAGAAACUUUCUCUGAAUGAAAGGUCUGGGGGGGAGAAUACUGAGGGGUAUGCGGCAGAGGGGGGAGAUGGGUAUGGGGCAACGAAAAGUGGAUACGCGGCAGAGGAGACUGGGGCAGAGAACACUGGUUAUGGGGGAGAGGAUACUGGUUAUGCGGGGGAGAAUACUGAGACUGCGGCGGAGAACACUGGUUAUGGGGGAGAGAGCACUGGUUAUGGGGGGGAGAACACUGAGACUGCGGCAGAGAACACUGGUUAUGGGGGGGAGAACACUGAGACUGCGGCAGAGAACACUGGUUAUGGGGGGGAGAACACUGAGACUUCGGCAGAGAACACUGGUUAUGGGGGAGAGAGCACUGGUUAUGGGGGGGAGAACACAGAGACUGCGGCGGAGAACACUGGUUAUGGGGGAGAGAGCACAGAGACUGCGGCGGAAAACACUGGUUAUGGGGGCGAGAGCACUGGUUAUGGGGGGGAGAACACUGAGACUGCGGCGGAGAACGCUGGCUAUGGGGGAGAGAGCACUGGUUAUGGCGGGGAGAACACUGGGUAUGGAGAGGAGACUACUGGGUCUGGCGCAGUUAAUACUGGGUAUGGGGGAGCGACGGGAGAGGGAUAUGCGGCAGAGGGAGGAGGGGGGUAUUCGGCAGAGGGCGGAAGCGGGAACGGUGAGGAAGGUUACUAAGGAGGUCGAGAAGGAAGCCAAGGAUGUCGAAGGGGACGACGUGGAAGCGGAUGCUGGCGUGGACCUAGUGCAGACGUGGAGCACGUAGCGGAGUGGAAGCGGAGGGAAGAGGAUGAUGUUGAGGCGGGGCGUGACAUUGAAGUUGGAAGAGGAUACAAAUGAAGACAGUGGACGUAGUGUAUUUCUUUCCUUGCUAGUUUGCCUUCUUGGUGUUGCAGGUUUUUCAGUGUUAGUGCGAUUUUAUUAUAACAAUUCUUGCGCAGAAGCAUCCAACUA